AAAAAUAAGUAAGCAUAUAUGAAAUCAUGCCGUUCCCAUCUCGUAGUGGCCUUGCCCGAUGACAUUAGGAAACUGUUGGCGCUGUUUCGUGUGUUUCGUGCUUGAUCAGAAAUAAAAAAGCCGCGUACGGACAGGGGAGCACGCCGUGUGUACGGUUGUGAUGGUUUUUUUUGAGAAAUAAUGUUAAGACACCGAUACGAUUCCAGUGGCACCGUACCACUGUGUUACGAGAACAGCGUCCUGGCGCAUGCGAUCCGGUGUAAUGCCGCAUGUUGUAACGCUUUGCUGUGGCUGUUUGGUGAAUGGUUCUCGCGAAACAAAUUCAUCGCGCCAGUGUGGGUGGUGGUUUAUUUCAAUAUUUUAUUUCGAGACAUAAUUACUGAGACUGUUUCAGUAAAUUUCAUGGUCGAUUUGAAGUAACGAUCGCAGCUUCCCAAAAACAGGUGACGGAGGUCAUUUGCACCCAGAAGGAAAUGGCACAUCAAUCAAUGUCGAAUGAAAUAAAUAGCGGCACUGUGCCAAGAGAUGAUCGUUGAGCAAAACAAAAAAAAAAACAAAAACUUUUGCCGCAUUUGUUAGUGACCAUUUUUUGCAUCACUAAAACCCGGGGUUACAUGAUGGUUUUACAGUGGGUGUGUAUCAAAUACCGAUUGCCGGAAAAUGGGCUGUUAGUGUAUUUUGCGCACACUACCAAGGGUUGUGUAUCCGACUUCUACUACUCACUGUGUGUGAACUGUCAAAACAAACACCGCGAGACCCGAUGUACGAGCGGUGCGUUCGUCCUACGAAACAGCUGGAAACCGUUGCUGUGCACGAAUUUUCCCGAGCACGAAUUUUCCGAACGAACCAAACCGUGCACAACGGAGAAAGCCCACCAGCUGAUGUUGGUAGUUGCGAUUUUCCACUCGCACCGUAACGGUGUACGUAUUCGUGUCUCCAACGGCGCGUAUCUCGAAUGUACGCGGGAAACUUCCAACCUGUUUAGUGACUUGCCUUGUACGUUAGUGAAGUUGUGUGCCGGUAACUAGAACAAGCCAGAGUGGGGCCACCUUGUUUGUGAGUAUGUGUGUGAGUGUGUGAACGAAUCCACAAGUGGAACGGUCGUAUCCGAAAGUUACUUCUAAUUGUGUUAACAAAGGUGUGUGUGUGCACGGGUGCGGAUCCGGGAGUGGUCGUGUGUGUUAAAAAAGGAUAAAGUUUUUUUCUUCUUGUGUGUGGUGAAAUUUGUUACCUGAAGAGAAAAAUAAGCUUCGUGUAUCUUUACUGUCCCAACGACGGCAUCGAUCGACAAUCCACUAUACUAUUCUUAUUGGAAAGGAGGCCCCUUGCUGACGAGAGGCAGGACACCCGGGGCGUUUUGUGGCUAGUGCGAGUGACACGAAGAAUAUGAAUGUUUAAUCAGCAGGUGUAUUUUUCGCUUUUCCAUUUGCUACAUGAUUCCGUUCCAUUCCGGAGUCCUCAAAGUGACGAAUCUUUCAGAGCCUACCUGCUCUGGCUCGACAGGAUCGUUUGGUUCCGAGGUUAUAGAACAAUCAUACUCAUCCUGGGCUUAUCAAUAGACAUUUCCACUGCCGGGCAAGGCGUGUCAACCGAGAAGAAGGAAUGGCUGAAGGACCGUACCCGAGUGUGGCAGUAAUAAUUGAAACGAACGAAUAAUCAUUCAUCAUCCGGCGCGGUAGUGUGUCGGUUGAGAAACGGUGCUGGCCAUAAAAAACACAUACUCACACACAAAACAUACUGCCGAAAAGCCAUGACGACUCUGAGCUGCUGUGUGUGUGGUACAGGCUCAUAAAAAUUGUGAUGUGAGUUCGAGCAUUUAUAUUCAUGCGUUCAUCGGUGCUGGGUGCUUUUGGUGAGUGAACGGAAUCCACCCAUCAAAUCCAAUUUUCACGAUCAGUGCGCACGGAAGUAGAAGAGGCAGCAGCACCAGCAGCCCAAAAGGAACCGAACGACAUCCGCUGAAUGAGGACGCGAUGAUGAUGAUGAUGAUGAUGACGAUGGGUGGACACUUGCUGUGAGUUGUCCCACACUAAAGGGAAUUCGGGGGCGAUGAUCGGCUGAAGGAAACGUCAACAUGACAUCGUCACAAAGUCCACUGUGAAAUAGUCCAAUCGGUCUCGAGAAAGUGCUGACGGUAAGUUGCGGUAGUUACGAUUGAAGCGGACGCAAACGAGGCACCGAAGCAUCCCAUCAAAGGAAGGAAGAAGGAAAAAAAGAACGAUGUGCCUCAACUAUGGUGAUGGGGCCAGUGCCGUGUAGCGAAAUCGCAAUCAUCACGUGAACACAAGGACACGGGACUAAAGUGAUUCUUCUCCAGCAGCAUCCGACCGAACGAUUUCCGGUGGGAGCUUUCCGUUCGAUGAUAGGGCCAGUGGAUUCUGGACCGUCCAACUACCGGGGGCCGGUGGACGGAGAAGAUCCCGACAAAGGGAGGAAAAACCCCGAAACAUAGACAUCAAAAACGGCAGGAAAUAGCUGAAGGAUUAGUGCAGAAAUAGAACAGCUACCAGGGUAGAAUGGACUGAGUUGGGUAACAUCAACAUAAAGCAGUGUCCAGGAGAAUCACGAUAGAGAGAGAGAUAGAGUAGAGAGUUACCACAUACGCGAGCGACCGAUCGUUCUGUAAAUCCGUGACCAUGACCGAAGCCUACUGUGCACGCUGGGUACUCCUUCCAUCCCUUGGGACGUGAAAAAACAUCAACCGAACGAAGACAACGACGACAAAGUAAUAGCUUGUCCGAAACGAAUCCAUUGGAGGAUUCCCGUUUUCCUCAACCAAUUCCACCUUCCUGAACGGGUUCUUUGUUCACACAAUCAAAACAUACGACGUGUACUGGAGGCUGCUUUAAUUCCUGGUGACCAUUUUACGGUUUCCUUGUUAAACAACGGGAUAGUGAGUGUUGAGCGGAGUAUCGUUGAAAGAAAGAAAGGGGAGGAAAAAAAGGAAACUCCCUCGUUAAGGGAGUGGCCAAAAGUGGAAAGUUUUUGCACCGCAAGAAACGCAACUGAUAUUAGAGAACGUAAGAAAAAAGCACGGAGAUAAAAACGGAUGCCGGUGGUCGAAUAUGCAAACAUACCUUAAUUAGAAAAUAUCAUAAACCGUACCGCAAACGACACAAAAAAAGAAUCCGAGAGGCUUUUCUUCCGUGCACGGGCAGGAAGGAGAAAGUUUGCGGAACGGUCCCGGGAACGUUGGUGGUGGUUGAGUGGUAAAAAGUAAACACUACCAUAAAACAUUAAUUUUUUAUGAGCUAUCCACUGCUACUGGUGCUGUUGGUGCUGCUAAGGGUAAGGAAAAGCGGCUCGUCCCUCGAGCAAGAAAUUGCGGCUUGAGUGCAUCCGGGUGGCAAGAACAGUCAACCGGGACUGUUGAUGCACGUUUCGAUGGUGACGGAACGAGUUGCUCAGGCACGUGGCAGACGAGUCAAUAUGGCGGCCAUAUUAAAACAUAUCAGCAGCAGCAGCAACACCUUAUCACAGGUACUCGUCCCUAUCACGCUACUGCUGCUGACGAUGAUGCCGUUUCAGAUGGUGUACGGUAUCGAUUGCUUUAAGUGCGUUUCAAUGAACGGUGCCAAUAAGGCGUGCGAUGAUCCUUUCCACAACAACUACUCGGCGGCCAUCCUCGAGUCACCGUGCAUGGGCGGCCGGAAGGGCCGGGAUGGACUGUUUCCGGCCACAUCGUGCAUUAAAAUUGCCGGCUAUUAUGAUGACACCGGUGAAACGAUUACCGUUCGUGGAUGCGCCCUGGACAGUGGUACCCUGACGACGGAUACCGAAAUCAUUCGCAUGUCACACUGCGGACGGUUCUACUACGAUGAUAGAUACGUACACGGGUGCCUGCAGAGUUGCAACGAUGCGGACGCCUGUAAUGCAGCACCGAGAGGUUCUUCAACCCUGUGGCUUAUUCUGCUGGCCAUUAUUGGAUCACUACUGCUUGGGUCAGCAACACUUCAACCGUCCGGGUGGCUUCGAAUCGUUAACGGAAGCUAACAAAGUGACCGAAAAAGGUAGAGCUGGCCAUGGACAGUGCGGGCUACCGUGCCAUCGUACUGUGUCUUAUGAAGUCACAGUUACAUCGUAGAGUACUACACUUUGUAGCGUUAUAUUAGCUUGGUGGUGGUGGUGGUUGUGGUGCAAUUUUGCACCAAAAAAAGGUGAAACAAUUUAUGACCAAUAGCGAAACAAAAACAAAACGAGAAAAAAACAAACAGUUUCAAUCAAACAAAGCUUUGCUUCCAUCACGAAUGAAGCACACGAUAGCGCAUCAAAAUGUAUUUGUGUUUGAUACAGUUUUUUAUCUGAUUAGAUUUAUUUAAUUAGCAUCGUACAACUGCAAAGGAGGGAUUGUAAUGAGGAAAAAAGCAUACAAAAAGCACUCUUGAAUUUGCUGUUAAAAUUAGUAAACUAUUGCUAAAACUGUAAUGCUAUAAGUGGCUAACGUUCCUUUUUUGUUGCGUUACCAACGCGCUCGAGAGAUGAUGUGUAUGAAGGUACAUUUAUACAGCAACACAGCUAGAACAGAUUGACGCACAACGCGCCGUACCAUUACUAUUAAAGCUACUGAAUUGAGAAAGAAUCAAAACAUAAACAAAUAAACUUAUAAGCAUUAAAAGCAAACCAAUUACUAGGAUUAAGGGACAGGAAACCCGCUUGCAAAAGCGAAACAGAUCAAACAUGAAGGUAAAGCUAAUGAUAACAAACAAAACACAAGCACCGUUCGAUGUAAAUUGUAAAGCAAAACACAAAAAGAAAAAGGUUAGAAUAACGGGUGAAUCAAAUGUAAAAAAAUCAAAGUGUUUCAGUAACGUCGCUUUCCUUUAUCGGUGACCAUGUUGCAAUGCAGAUAGAAUUGAAACGAAAAAAUCGGUACCACGAUAACGGAAGAAGCGUAGAAGGUGUAACGUAUGUACAGUAGAACAUAUGUUAUAUUACACCAAAUUUCCGUCUUGUUGGCAAAAGAAAACAGCAUAAAUGGAUUGUUAGUGUAAAAAGACAGUGGGGCUUCAAUUAUGUUUUGUGUCGACAGGCAGUUUUUCCUUACUAUCCGUUCUAUGGCUCUAUGGCAGAAACUGGACCAAAAACUGAAAGGAGUAACAGCAUGAAUAUCGGAACAAAUGUGGUAGCUGUGUUUUUUUUUUUUUGCUGUGCUGGUGUAUCUGCUUCCAAGCACGGUCACACACCAUGUCCUAAUAUACGUACAAAUCCAUGUUUAUGACCGCUUGUAAUUUAAGAUCAGAUCUUAUUGUGUGUGUGUCUGUGUCUCCUAUUGUGCCCUCGCAGAAGAUGUGAAAGCACACCACACAUCAAGAAAAGUGGGAUGAGAAAAAAAACUUAUCAGUUGUAUAAGCAAGGAGCAACAUAUUGUAUCAUACCGCCCAAAAACCGCCUUGACGAGAUUGCUACAAGAAGUGUUUGUCUCAGUUCCUUUUUUUGUUUGUGUACGUCAUCACCCCAACAUUUUUUUUUGGUUCCUCCUAAACGAGCUGAACUUCCUGGUUGGUGUGAGCAGAGAAAGCAAGACAAACUAGCGGGAAGAUUAAAUGUGAACAGUAUUUUGUCUGCUCAUCAGUAAUGCUUCUAUUUAUUGCAUUGGGAAGCGUUCACAAGCAAACUACUACUACGCAGCACUACUACUGUCCUGUCUGUCUAGCUUAUUAUGGUGUAGUGAGGGGUUUACAAGAAGAAAUAAUUUUUCUUUUGCUUCAUCUCACGUACCACAACCCUUAAACGAGUACUCUGUACUCUUACAACACAAUGUAGCACCAGAAACUGUCGCACAGUUACCUAUCCAAGACAAGGAACAAACCAAAUGACCAGUGUAAAAUGUAGAUGUGAGAAAAAAAAAAACAAUUGUAGAAAUGCGCAUUAGCUCAUCCCCCUGCUGGACGGGUUUAGAGGCUAGCAAAGUGCAGCACACAGUAGCGAUGGUUUCAAGGCGUUUAAAUGUUUCCUUCCUGAAUGUGGGCCACACCACACGCACAUGCUAGUCCCCUGUGGAACAGGAACAGCAUUAAAGGAAGCAAAAAAGUAAUUUGUACUUAUAGCUUUUACUUUCGCGCUGCCGUUGAAAGGCCAUUAAUUAUUAGCCACUGGGAAUGAUUCAAAUCGACCAACCAAUAAAUGAAGAUAAAAGGGGGAAAAAGAACACAAAAGAAACAGGCCACAAAAUAAUUGUAUUAUAAGUGCCUAAUAUUGUUAUUUAAACAAACACACAACAACAAAACAAAUCUACUUUCGCUGUACAAGCGAUCAGAUUAAAACAAUGUACAAAACUCAAAGAAAAAGCUUAUUCAUGAUUCGGUAUCAUACAUGCACCAUUUCCUUUCCUGGCAUCUUUCCUCUUCCUAGCAUAGCAAGACGCAUGAUUUCGUACCUUUCCAUUUCCCACCCAAAGACACAUAUAUGUUCGUAGCAUUCCAUCCUGUUUCACACAGUGCAACGGCAUUUGAAAAUUUCAGGUUUCUUGUAACCGGCAUGUUAGUAAAGCGAGUAACAUAAUUACAAACAAAUAUCUAAACACACGGAUAACUGAUCAACUGUACAUAAAUGGUCAGCAAAGCAUACAAAUAUACUUAAAUGUGAUAUCAAAACGAUUGGAGCAGCAAUGCGACAUUCAGGCAUGCAAUGCAUCAAUGCACCGUUGCAAAGCUACAAAAUGCUUCAGGGAUGCUGUGAAAUACAAAAAAAAAACACAAACUAAACCAAUUUGGGUUGGAAACGGGAAGCGGAUGCGGGGACGCCGUGUUCAAUGGCGGUACACUGUACAUCCGUUUUUGCAAUACAACGUAAUAUGUAAUAAUGUAGUAGAUAAAUAUGCUAACAUAAAAUGCACCUAUUCAAUGCACAUCAAGUAAGGUAAUGACUUUUGUUUUUUGGCACUCCCUCUGGAGAAUAGUGAUGGCGAUCGUUACAUAGCUCCUCCUGGUGGUACAGAUCAGGUUGCGUAGUGAAUGUGGAAGUUUAAGAUGUUAAGAAACGAUAAAAGAAAACAAAACAAAACGAUUACACACAAAAGAAGCUAUGUUACAACUUCAUUAUUACUAGUAAUACAUAAGCAUAACGAGAAUGUACCACACCACGUCACAACCCAUUACAUUCAGCAGCUAAAUAUUAUGCAGCACAACGAUAGUGUACACCUGUAAGGAUACACGAUACGUUUUUUGUCGGUGUCACGGCACAGCCAUGUAUGUGUACCAACGAACACACCCUUUGCACCAUGCCACAAACAUUGACCAAAUCCGGAAGCGUCCUGCGUGUGUUGUCAAAAGGGAAACGAACAAGUGCGCGGUCAUACUGUAGCUCUUAACAUAUGCGAUCUAUUCUUAUCGAGGACCGGGUGGUGCCGGUGAAGCCUCAAUCCGUUCCGGUGAAGGAUACAAUUUGAAGGAUGAAUAAAACACAAAUGUUUCCUAACAAAA